AUCCCGGCGGCGGCGGCGGCGGCGACGGCCAGGUGCACUGACCCCGCCCCGGGCCACCCGCCGCUCCGCCGCCGCCGUGUCUCGCGGAGGCCGCGCGGAUUGGAGGUCAGCCCGGCGGACGGGCGGAGAGCGGAGGAGAGGAGCGGCGGGCAGAGACGCGAGCGGAGGGGUGCGGUGUGGAACGGCUGCUCGCUGAGCCGGGUGUGGUCACUGAGCCGACACAGCGCCGGGGAUUGUCGCUCUGUGGCUGCCGCUGAGCCGCACACGGCUGUUAGCGCCGGAGAUCGAGGCUCCGGGAUCAGUCCGGGUCCGGAGACUGAUCCGGGCGGCUCCGGGGGUCGUCUGACGUCAACUGGAGCGGUCCGAGAUGGCAGGGAAGACGGAGCUGACGGGACUGCUGCCGCUGCCCGACAGGGCCGUCAGCAGCGGCCGGUGGCGGGCCAUUUUCGGCAGCAUCUGUCUGCUGUCGGCAGUGACUCGACUGUACGACCUCCGCAGUCCUCCCUGGGUGGCGUGGGAUGAAACCCACUUCGGUAAGAUGGCAAACUGGUACAUAAACCGCACUUUCUUUUUCGACGUUCAUCCACCUCUUGGGAAGAUUCUAAUCGCUGGUGCCGGCUACGCCACGGGAUACAACGGCUCGUUCCCUUUUACAAAGCCAGGCGAACAAUUCAACGAGACCAGCUUUGUGGGAAUGCGAGCGUUGUGCGCCACGAUGGGCGCCUCGAUCGUGCCGAUGGCGUUUAUAACUGUCGAUGACCUCACGGGGUCAGUGACGGCCGCCACCCUCGGCUCCCUGCUGCUGGCGCUUGAUGUGGGCAUUACAACUAUCAGUCGUUUUAUUCUUCUCGAUCCCAUCCUGAUGUUUUUCAUGGCUGCCACAACGAUGUUCAACUUUAAAUUCAACAAAUACAGAUCGUUCAGCGGCCGCUGGUGGCUCACGCUGAGUCUCACCGGACUCUCGCUCGGCUGCGUGCUGAGUGUCAAGUUUGUGGGCGUGUUCGUGCUGGCCGUGGUCGGCCUGUAUACAGUCACCGACCUCUGGUCCAUCUUCUGCGACUAUACGCAGCCGCUGACGCACACGGUGAAGCACUUCUUGGCCCGUGCGCUGUGUUUGAUCGCCAUACCAGCUGCCACUUACCUGAUGGUGUACUGCAUUCACGACGCUCUCAUAUUGCAAGUCGGGGACCAGCACGGAUUUCAGGGCGACUCUUGGCUCAGCGCCGGCUCUCAGAUGCAGCUCAAAAACAGCGACAUGUACAAACUCAAACAGCCACAGUACCUGGCGUACGGCUCGCUGGUGACCCUGCAGACGAUCGGCUCUCACAGCAGCUUUCUGCACUCGCACAACCUCAGCUACCCCGCCUGGGACUUUGAGAACACGACCGACACCGCGAGCACGCUCAACAUGUCCGAGAUCUACUCCGUCACCGGCUUCCGACUCAAGGACGUCAACAACUUCUGGAAGAUCGUGCCCCAUGACGAGGAGGACAUCCCGGACUGGGAGAACCCGUACCUGCCGCCUGAGCCAGUGCUGAAUGGAGACACGAUCCGGCUCAUCCACAACGGCACCGGGCGCACGCUCAGCGCGUUCACUGAGCGAGCCGUGAAGACGAGCACCCAGCAGCUGGUCGGUACUCUGCCGCAGAAGAAAACCAAGGAGUUCCAGACGGCGUUCGUGCUGAACGCCGCCGGCCUGCCGGACGAGGCGCAGAUUGAGGCCAUCAACACCACUUUCAGACUGUACAACCCGUACCUGAAGUGCGCCCUGUACGUCUGCGAGGAGAAGCUGCCAGACUGGGCGGCUCAGCAGCUGGAGGUUACGUGCAGCAAACGGCUGACCGACGACGGAGUCUUCUGGUCCGCGCAUCGCAACAUCCACCCGGGCAUGCCGAACGUCACCAAGUACUGGCGCCGGUUCCACUCGACCCUACUGCAGCGGUUCGUCGAGACGCACCGCAUCAUCACCACCGUCAACGGCAAGCUGAAACCCAACCGGGUCGCCAUGCUGCACGCCGACAAGCCCUGGAUGUGGCCCAUCCUCUACCGGGGCCAGUACUUUUCGAUGGUGGACUCCCAGCGUGUGUACCUGCUGGGCACGGCGCCGAUCUGGUGGGCCAACCUGGCGCUGCUGCUGCUCAGCGGUCUCAUCAUGAUGUACAUCGGGUACAGGGCGGCACGGGGGGAGCACGGCCCCGACGCCCAGACCCCAGAGCGACAGAGAGACGCGGCCUGGCGCCGCCGCACCGGCCUGGCCUGCCUGUGGCUGGUGUUUGCCUGGGCGGUGCACUACGCGCCCUUCUGGACGAUGGGUCGCAUCCUCUACUUCCACCACUACUUUCCGGCCCUGUGCUACAGCUGCAUGCUCUCAGGCGUGGUGCUCGACUUCCUUCUGACGAGUCUCUACAGGAAGCUGCCGGCGAUGGUCCGCGCCGGAGUCUACCACUGGCUGGUGGCAGCCAUCGUCGCCGGCCUCUUCUACAGUUUCUACCUGUUCGCGCCGCUGUGCUACGGGAUGACGGGCCCCCGGCCGCGGGAGGAUGCCAACAGCACCUACCACGCGAUCUGGUGGCUCGGCUCCUGGGACAUCUGAGACGCAGCCACCGUGUAAUAGGGGCGGUGCGUGCGCCGCGCCGCACCGCCCCCGGCCGGUCCGGUGUCGCCGCCGCGGCAGCGGUGACGGCCCAAGACAGUGUGACGUCAGCAGUGGGUGAUAUACGUCACAGACUGCCGGGGCAUUAGGAGCCCGUGGUGUAUUAACACAUGUUACUUAAAGGAAAUUAUAAUUUUGGUUGUCAAUACUUUGACAUUUCACGCUAAAAGCGAAGUCAUAAUGACUUCGAAGGACUCUUCAUUAUUUACGACCCAUAUUUGUGGCGUGCAUCAUUCUUGACAGGCACAUAAAUCCCCAGAGCCACUGGUGCUGGUAUGCCAUGGUGUAUGUGUCUGCGUACCAUCCACCGGCUGCGUUGCCGGGGAGGGGGGCGGGGCUCGCGCAGAACCGGCGCCGCGCCUGUGAGCCGCCGAUAGGAGCUCCGGGUGGCGGGGGCCGCAGCCCGCAGCUGCGCCGUGUCACCGGCGGGUGAAGGCCGCACGCUAGGGCUGAUCUAUGGGCGGCCAUAAAUGAAAUCGGUGCCAACUUGUUACUGAUAUGCCGCCGCUGCAGCAGUUGCAGAUGGGAGGUGUGAUUUACGGCGAUUGACAAAUUGCACCUUUUAUUGUUAUGAGGCGCAGUCAGUUUUUAACAGGAUAUAGGAUCCUCGGGGUGAAAAAGUUUUUGAGAGAUGCGAAUUAGCGAGAAUACGGUUCGUAUUAAAUCAAGGAACUGCUGGAUGGGAUAAAGAGAUGGCAAGCUCGAAAUAUCGAUGAAAUUAUCGCCACAAUAUUGUUAUCGGGGCGUCGUUGUUAUUGUGUGCUGUUACGUUUGUUAUUCGUGGUUAUCUUGAUAUGUAAUGUGCACAUCGUGUAGACUCUGUCGUCCAUUCCGUCUUCGCCGUACAAUACGGCACAUGGUUUUCCAUCGAGGUCUUCUACAAUAAAUAAAACAAAAUAUAAGUCG